UGAAAUAAAAUGAGGCGUGUUUUGGAGGAGUUGGGGACGCAAAUCCGACAGCUAGUUUGCGUUGUGGUUUGUUUCUGUAAAAUAAAAUAAUGCUGUAUUUCUUGUUCCAUUCCACCUCACCUCUUCUAAUUUCUUUUUAUUUAAUCUCCAUUCCUUUUCCUUUGAUUUUCUAUCAAUCUUCCAAAUAAUUUCUUCUCUUGUUGAAUUUCAUCACAAAAGCUUCCAUUUCAUGGCUUCGUAUUCUGAAGAAGAUGGAAAGCCUCUACCGAAGUUUGGGGAAUGGGAUGUAAAUGAUCCUUCUUCAGCUGAAGGAUUCACUGUUAUAUUCAACAAAGCCAGAGAUGAUAAGAAAGUUGCUUCUGCUUCGGGUCGAUUUCCUUCCCAACGAAGAAAUGACUCUCGCGCACGCAAGGAUAAUAAUAAUAAUAAUAAUAAAAAAUACAACAAAACUUCCUCCUCUACUAAGAAAAAGUGGUUUUGCUUUACCGUCUAGACAAGGAGGAUAUAAGUAACUGAUUCUAAUCGAUAAUACUCCGUUUUCAAAUAUAAAUGAAAAUCAAUCAAAGAAAAUAAAUAUACUUUAGUUUAUAUUAAUUAAUUUUUAUUUUUAUUUUAAAACGGAGGGAAUUAAUACGAAACAGCGUGCAGAUUGGAGAAACAAAGAAAGUAACAAAAUAGCUCAUCUUGUUGAAAUCUUCGACGUAGCUUCUAUAGGUGUUUCAUGCAUCAAGCUACUUAAUUUUAAUUCGCAACAUCCAAAACUUCAAUGUAAAUAUUAUACACUGAUUAAUCAAUGUCAACAUUUUAAUUUGCUGUUGCU